UUUGACUGCCAUAGAUACGGCGUGAUUUUCUGAAAUAUUUUAAAUUUAUUAAAACAAAUUUCGUUUGUUUUGUCAAUUCUUUUAUCCGAUCGGCGAGAUUACACAAAAUUACGACAGAUCAGACAAAAAUAUUGCGUAUGAUUUGGUAAAAUCGAGCUUGAUCGCAGCAAAGAAUGCUGAAAUAAACGUUUUGCCGUUUGUUUACUUUCAACAAAUGGCUACUAAAAAAUGUUGUAUUCUGUAAACAAACUGCUCUUUAUAGAGGCUUACCAUGGAGCAACGAAAGACAAGCUCCAGACCAUUUACUGUCGGGAGUUUUGGACGAAAAUUGGAAUUAUUUGAUAGAUUUAUUGAGGAAUUCACUCACGUUGAUGAAGAGCUGAAUCCGGAGGAAAGACGAUUGGAGUUGCAAGAACGAUUAACUAAUGGAUAUGAACCAUUUUGUGCAGAAAUCAAAAGUUUAUUUGGUGCCGAUGUAAAUAGUCAUGAUGUUAAGGCAUUGUUUAGAAAGAUCGCAGCCAAUCCAGAAGCAGAAGUAGAUUGGAGUGAGUUAUUUGGUAUUGGAAAUACUGGUCAAGAGCAAACGGAACAAUUGUUAGCAGACGAAGGUUUUUCAGUCUUUACGGUUUCAAAAAGAAGAUAUCUUGGAGAUGCAGGAGGUGACAAAAAACGACGUGACUUUAUUCGCAACAUAACCUAUGUACCAAAGCUAGAUAUCUUUAUCAGUUCAUCCGAAAAAGGAAUUGUUUGUCAGUGGAGCAGCAAGUUUCGCUUGCAAAGUUGUAUUGAUAUUAAUGAGACAUCUUGGAUUACUGGUUGUGAUUACUGCCCUGGUUUACGGAGAAUUAUUAUAACCUGCGAACGUUCUCUUGCGAUAUGGGAUUACCGAGCGAAACAAAAACAAUCCAAUAUCAUCCAGAUCAAACCGUUGGAACAAAUGAUCCACUGUAUGACUUAUGUACCACGGAGGUUGGAUAACAUUCCAGAUGACUGCAUCCUUUUUGGUGAUGAUCAUGGUUUUAUAAAUAUUCUAAGAUUAUCUUCGAAGGAUCUUCAUAUGAAAAAUGCCGGAAAUGAUGCUCAAACGAUGAUCAUUGAGCCUUCAAAACUUACCAAUGAAAUAAUACGAAGAAAAGUUCACAAUGAUUGGGUCAUCAAGGUGAAAUAUUUUCCACAACUGGAGCUGUUCGGUUCCUGCUCACCUUGUUCCACAACUUCUUUCGUUCUUGGAGAUUUGGAUAAACUUCUUGCCCAACAGCCGUUACGUGAACUCUCUGUUCCAAAAGGAGUGAAUUGUUUUGAUUAUUGUGCCCGGGCGAAUGUCAUCGCUACUGCAGGUGCAGACAAGAUUAUCCGAAUGUGGCAUCCAUUAAUCUUCACGAGGCCAACCGGCAAGUUAAUCGGACACCUUUUCACAAUAUCAGAAUUGACGGUGAACGAAAACGACCAACACUUGAUCAGUUUAUCAACGGCUAGGGUUUUUAGGAUAUGGGAUGUUCAGACUCUAACAUGUUUACAGGUGUUCACAAGCAGUGACACCAACCCGAGCGAAAAACGGAUCAGCACGAUGCUCUACGAUCCCAAGAGAGACCGAUUGAUCACAGGCUGUGGCUCAAUUGAGAUGUGGCCAUUAACCAGGGCUAUACAGGAUUCACUCCAGUUACCUCAUACUCACGAUAGAUCAUUGGCUCAAGUCCUGUACAACAGUCAAAUGAAUCAGGUUGUCACAAUUUGUCUCGAACCAGUGUUGAAGGUUUGGGAGAUGGAGACGGGUCACUUGGUCUAUCAUAUACAAGAACCUCACGGUCCUGGGCACGAAGUUACGGCGCUCAACGUCAACACGACGGGAUACCGACUGAUCACGGGCGGUUACGAUGGUUCCAUGAAAGUUUGGGAUUUUGGCAGCGGUCAGCUUCACAAGUCUUAUCACCAUUCCUUAAAAGAUUCUGAUAUUAAAGAUUCCACAAUCACCGGCGUUGUUUACUUUCAUUUGAAUGGUAAACAAUGUGUGCUUGUAUCAAGCUGGGGUCAUACCAUCCGUGUGUUCGAGGACAAUGUCAGCUCUGAUUCUUUGGAACUUCUUCUCAGUUUAUCAGACGCGUAUGUUUGUCCACCAACACCCAAAGUCGUCCGCAAUGGAGAUGAAGUAUUCACUUCGAAAGCACCGCUGCCACCAAUAGGCGAAACAACAGAGUUCGCUGCAACUGAGGAUGACGCGGUGAACCUGUUGUCCACGUGUCAGGUCACGUGUUUGGACUAUUUCUCACCUCGUCUUCUGGCUGCGGGCACAACGGUUGGAAUAAUUAUCUUGUGGGACAUAGAGCAAGGCAAGGUCAUUCGGAGGUUUGAACGAGCGGAAUCCCGAGGCGGGAACAGCAGAAGAACGUCGAAACACAGCCAUGAUUCAGAGUACAAGUUGGUUCAUGCUUGCAAGAUCAUUUCAUGCCAGAAAUCUGGCGUUUCGCGUGGAAUAACAAGCGUGCUUGGGACGACAGCACAGAAGGAUGACAACGUGGAUAUCGAAGCUACAUCAAAUCCUGACAGUGACAAAAAUGACCGCACGACUGACACGGAAAAAAACGAAGAAAACGAAGAUGAAGACGAACAUUUUGAAGUGAAUGAAAACGAGAUUGACGAUGAAAGAGAAAUUGACGAUGAUGUAAACAUCGAUGAGGAAGCCUCGAGGUUCAGUGAUGGAGGAAUGUCUGAGGAUGAUGAAAGAAAAUCUGCCGUCGAUGAAGAUGAUCAAAAAUUUCAUGAAAAUGAAGAAACACAAUUUCAACAAAGUCUUGACAAUCUUGGCGUUAUUUCCGCCCAUCAUGAUGGCUAUAUUAGAUUUUGGAACUACGAGGGCACUCUCUUUACCGAAGUAAGAAUGACGGUGAAUCAGCGAUCAUCUUCAGUCACUGCAUUGUCCUAUCAACCUUAUUCCAACUUGCUCAUAACAUCUGAUGUCAGAGGUUACGUUAUGAUGUGGGAUAUUGAAAAUUUCCUUCAUCAUCUGUGUGGAAACACGAAUGGGACAAACGAUAGUUUGAGAGGCGUCGAUCAAGUGAUCUACUGGCGGGCGCAUCUCAAUAAAAUUGUAGCAAUGGAACAGGUCAAAAAUAGCGAUGUUCUAAUUACCGCCUCUGUCGACUCCUCGGUCAGGGUUUGGCACCAAGGCACCGGUCAUUUUAUUGGGUUCUUUGGUCAACCAAGAUUGUGGAAUAUUCCCAAUGCAAGUUCCAUACCCUCGACACCAUUACGACCUUACGAUAUUUCUGAGGCUCCAAAAAAGUUGACACGGCAAACAAAAUUGGUUAAAAACAAACCAAAAACGAAUGAAACUGUAGAUUGUCCUUUGGCGUUUGACGAUGAAAGAUGGAAACCGUUCAGAUAUUCAGCAAAAGACGAAACAAGAAGCACUCAAGAUAAUAAAAAAUUCUUCCACUCUCUGUCAAAACCACGGCAUUAUAAUUUCCAUCUGGACAGCAGCCAAUCACGUGUGAAUGAUCCAGCCGCUGUUUUCCGAUCUCUGCCUGUUUACAAGAUUGACGAACCAGAACGGUUACGAACUCCUGCAGUGAAUAGCUCAUCCUGGUUGACCAAUCCUAUCACAGGAACAACUUAUGCUGCCAGUAAACCCAUAGCAGCUGUGAACAAUAAUGAAGUUGCAAAGAACCUGGAGAAUCUAAUCACACGUUUUCCCCAUGCAGUACACCACAGAAGAUAACAGAUUGAUGGUUUUUGUGUAAGAGGAAUUGUGGACUACAGUUCUUUGCAUCCUGAUGAUUGAAGGUAACAGACG